AUAGGUGAUGCAAAGAUGUCUUGGGGUGUUUCUCUCCCACAUCAUAUUUGGAUGCUUGAUUAUAUACCCAUGCCUUUUUUAUGGUAAGAUGUAUAUUUUAUCCAAGUAAAGCCCCAAUAUAUCAGCACCCCCUAUCAACAAUCAUGCCGCCAUAUCCUCCUCCCACGAUAUUUGCCAUGUAAGUCUAAAAUUCAUUAAAGGUUUGCACGUUGAGAAAGAGAGAGAGAGAGAGAGAGAGAGAGAGAGAUGCCAAUGUCUAUACCCAACAUCCUGUUUUCUCAAAUUCGAUCAAACCCAGGUUUUCUUUUCAUCUCUUUUUAGGUUUUGAUCUUGAUCAGAAGAUCAUAGAUAGGUUAAAGGCGCAGGAUUUGUCAAAUGCUUAUCUGUCUACACCGGAAAAAUUCUUUUCAUGUCCUCAUCUUCUCAGAAUCUCAAUGAGCUGAUCAAACUCGAUCCCUCCGAUCUCUCUCUCUUUCUCUCUCUCUCUGCUUUUAUCCUUUGUAUUUUGAAUGAAAAUGUGUUCAACAAGAGAGAGGACGAUUCACGACCUACUGAGGCCAUGGAAGUCCCUCCUCGUCCACACGGCCAAGGUCGGCGACGCCUUCUCCCUCUUCAUGAAGACCACCCUCACUCUCUGCACCUUCGCCUCCCUCUCCCUCGUCCUCUACUUCGCCUUCUCCGCCCAGUCCUACCUCUCCGCGUGUCCCCACUGCGACGGCGCCUUCCGGCCCCCCGCCCUCCGCCGGUUCACCUCCGCCUCUGCCGAGGCCCCGACAAACAUAACCCACGUCCUGUUCGGCAUCGGCGGCUCCGCCAAGAUGUGGGACGAGCGCCGCCGCUACAGCGACCUCUGGUGGCGCCCCAACGUCACCCGUGGCUUCGUCUGGCUCGACCAGGACCCCUCCACCGCCGGCAUCGCGUGGCCGGCCGGCUCACCACCGUACCAGGUCUCGGCCAACACGUCAGAUUUCAAGUACACGUGCUGGUACGGGUCGCGGUCGGCGAUCCGGAUCGCACGCAUCGUGAAGGAGAGCUUCGAGCUGGGGCUCGAGGGCGUGCGGUGGUUCGUGAUGGGCGAUGACGACACGGUGUUCUUCCUGGAAAACCUGGUCGACGUCCUUGCCAAGUACGACCACGACCAGAUGUAUUACAUCGGAGCAAACUCGGAGAGCAUCGAGCAGGACGUGAUCCACUCGUACACGAUGGCAUACGGUGGUGGUGGGUUCGCCGUGAGCUACCCACUCGCGGCGGAGCUCGCGAGGGCGUUAGACGGGUGCAUCGACCGGUAUGCAGGGAUGUACGGGUCCGACCAGAAGGUCCAGGGCUGUUUGAGCGAGAUUGGCGUGCCCGUCACUAAGGAGCUCGGGUUUCACCAGGUAGACAUACGUGGCAAUCCGUAUGGCUUAUUAGCGGCACACCCGUUGGCCCCUCUAGUCUCCCUCCACCACUUGGACUACGUGGACCCCAUCUUCCCGGGCCUGGACCAGAUCGAAUCGUUGAAGAAACUCCGGACCGCGUUUGAGUCGGACCCGGGCCGGACCCUCCAGCACAGCUUCUGCUACGACCUAGCCCGGAAUUGGUCCGUGUCCGUGUCCUGGGGCUACACCGUCCAGCUCUACCCAUCCCUCCUGACGGCGAAGGAGCUCGAGACGGCGAUACAGACGUUCCAGACAUGGCGGAGCUGGAGCAACGAGCCCUUCACAUUCAACACCCGGCAGGUCGGCCCGAACCCGUGCGAGCAGCCUGUGGUGUAUUUCCUGGACCGGGUCCACCGGGUCGGGGACGGCCAGAUGCUGACCACGUACGUGAGGCCGUCCGUGGAUGAGAACGACUGUGACCUCCCGCAAUAUGCUCCUGCUUUGGCCGUCCAGAGCUUCAAUGUGUCGAGUUCAACGUUCAGACCAAACAUGUGGAAAAAGGCCCCACGGAGACAGUGCUGCGAGGUGAUCAACGGCACGGACUCAAUGGGCAGGAUGGUCGAGGUCAAGAUCAGAGGGUGCAACCCCAUGGAGAGUGUGACUCCCCCCGACAACAUCAAGAUUGUUUUCACAGGGCCAUCUUAAAGUGGUCAACAACAAAAGAGAAGCUCUCCAUUCCUCGGUAGGAAGCUGUUUGUGAAUUGCCCCUUGUGCCCUUUCUUCAUGCGCUCCAUGAUCGGUCGGUUCGGGUCGGGUUGGGUCGGACAUGGCAACGGGAAAUUGGAGAAAAGUGGUAGGCACAGAGAAGACAACAGGUCUGAACUGCUCUUGCAGUAGAUAUCUACUGUCGUGGUGGGUGACUAAUACAUGAAGGCACUGAGAAAUGAUACGGGAUCUAAAGGAAAGUUCUGCUCUUUUUUGUUUUGAUUAUUUUCGACGUUGCUAGGGUUUAGUGCAUGUCAACACUGGAACAUUACACUCAUAUUAUAAAAGGACGCUAUCCCAUUUUAUAUAUGAAUUU